AUGGCACCCGCUUACUCCCAACCCCUGGUGCUUGGCCUUAUUGACUUCCUUACCGCUUACACCACAGGUGUUGGAGAUCUGCCUGGCGCCUUCCACACUGCCUACUCCUCACAUCUGGCGUUGGGCACGACGAGCUGCCCUAAGCUGCCCGUCGGCUAUCCCAGUCCGCCACAGCGGACCCUCUCUCCUGACUCUUUGAGCGACGAAGAACGUCGGGCCUUUCUCUUUUUUCGUAGCCGGACUGCUCACCGGAUUUUUGGUCAUCGUGAUGCCAAUGACUGGAUCUCAAUUUUACUUCAACUCGGCCAUAACGAAACAUCGAUCAAGCAUGCCGUCACCGCUCUGGCAUCCCUACAUGAGAGCACAGAACCCGGGAAUGCCUCCAUCAGUAUUCGACAGUCCGAGAAGCAUGCCCAGAUCACAUCACAAAUGUUGGCCCUGAAACACUAUACCUGCGCUAUUAAGUCUGUACAGACUGAGUCCCCAACAAUGUCUCACAGACCAGAUGUUAUCAUGACCCUCUGCAUCCUAUUCAUCUGCUUCGAGCAAUUUCGAAACGGCGAUGCCUCAUGUCUCCUCCAUCUGACCGCUGGUCUUAGACUGCUAUACUGGUGGAGAAACCGCACUACUUCCUACAACCAGCUUCAAGAAUACUCUCGGCCAACUCUGGAAUUUAUCAAUAACCAGAUAACGCCGAUCCUUCAACGUUUGCGUGUACAAUUCUCUCUGUGCAUGGACGCUCGCCAUGCAUUAGGAAGCCUCGGUGUCCCACUUUGCUUGCCACUCCCGGUCAUUCCGCCAUCUUACACUUCCUUGGAUUCUGCCCGGCAGGAUUAUGACCGUAUCAUGCACUACACGUUUUCCUCUUCGGAACGGAAGAUACCCUAUGAUCCUAGCUUUCCAGAAAUUUCUCCCACCACGGCUUUACGGCAAUGGAAAACCGCGCUGGAUAAUUCAGUGUUCCUUGAGGAGCCUCCAGUUCUGCGCGACUGCACAUACAAGCUGCUAGAGCUUUACUACCAUGUUUCUUUGGUCAUUGCAGAGACUCAUAGUUCCAAGUCUGAGAUGGUAUUCGACCAAUACAUUGCCACAUUCGAGAAAGUCGUUAGUCUUGCCGAAGAUAUCACCGAGAUGUGGAAGCAAGAGCUUCUCGACUUCAGCUUGCUAUUCAGUUUCGAUCUUGGUUUCGCCCCGCCCAUGUUCUUCGUCGCUUCUCGUUGUCGCCAUCCUCUGAUUCGUCGAAGGGCAGUUAAUCUGAUUCUCGAAUCGCCCUUUUAUCAUGGUGCCUGGCAAGACCGUUAUACUGGCCUCUGUGCGCAGCGAAUCAUCGAGAUAGAGGAACAGGACGCGGCUAUCAUCGCUGACCAAAACAACGUUCCGGAAAAUCACCGCAUACGAAAAGUUUCGGCCGAUCUCCAAGAGGAGAAUUCUGAAAUCAUGAUGAAUUUUGUUCGGUGGCCUUUCAAGCCAGAGUUUCCAAUCCACACCACCUUGGUUCCGCUGAAGACUUGA